AUGCAAUUCUCAAUCAUCGCCGUCUUCGCUCUGAUCAGCGCCGCGUACGCUCAGCCGCAGUAUGCAUGCCAGGCUGCAGAUGUAAAAGCCUGCCAAGAAAAGUGCAAUGCUGCUCAAGGUGGCAACUAUGACUGCGUCUCACCCGGACCCAGCGGUUGCUUCUGUGGUUAA